CCCGAGAGCAGGGAGAGGCGGCAGUGUGGUUUGUGGCCAAACCUAAAGGCUCCAAUUAACCAGCUGCCUGGUCCCUCCCGACUCCAGAGAAACAGACGUCUUAAAAGAAAUCUCCGCUCCUUGGGACUCUCUUCUACGCUCGCCGUGCAGUUCUGGGUGCGCGCUCCCUGCCUCGGGGCCAGGGGGUCGGGAGGAGCCAGAGCAGGGAGGCGGGAACGACCUGCCACGGGUGAGAUGAUGGAGCAGCGUCUUCGGCAGCCGCGGUGGCAGCAGCAGCAACAGCAGCAGCAGCAACAGCAGCAGCUCUUGAACACACCUCAAUGAGAGCGGCGGUGGCAGAGGCUGAGCAGAAAGACGUAAGCAGGCUAACUAUAGCUGCCCGGAGCGCGAGGGGAUGUAACCUGGUCUGCUCCAGGCUGCAAGGUGCGUAAUUCCCAGCCGACCCAGUGUGGAGCGGGUGCAGCCAGUAUUGCCACAGGUGAUUUGAUUUCCUGUAACCGCAGUUUAGCCAGCUGGGCCAAUUUCGAAACAUUUUUAUUUGAAAGUCUUUUUGGACUGGGAGCCGUCUGGAGAAGAAGGGAAGAUCCCCUAGUAAAAGUCUUACUGUUGAUAAAUUGACGAUCGAAAUUAAAAAAGUGACUCCUCCUGUUACCUCCUUUCCUCUCUGCGAGACAGAUGGGAGCCAUGGCUCACCCCUUACUCCUCUGCCUCUUGCUCGCUCAUCUGGGACUGGGAGCUGUUGGCGCCAGCCGCGACCCUCUGGGACGGCCGGAUUCCCCUCGAGAGAAGACCCUGAGGGGGAAACAGCACGCGCAGCAGCUGGCUCGAGCUUCUGCCUCGGACCCCUCGGCUCCCUGGAGCCGCUCCACCGACGGCACCAUCUUGGCGCAGAAACUCGCUGAGGAGGUGCCCCUGGACGUGGCCUCUUACCUCUACACCGGGGACUCCCACCAGCUGAAGCGAGCCAACUGCUCCGGCCGCUAUGAGUUGGCAGGCCUGCCGGGGAAGUCGCCAGCCCUAGCUAGUUCCCAUCCCUCCUUGCACGGGGCGCUGGACACGCUGACACACGCCACCAACUUCCUCAACAUGAUGCUGCAGAGCAAUAAGUCUCGGGAGCAGAACUUGCAGGAUGACCUGGAGUGGUACCAGGCGCUGGUACGGAGCCUCUUGGAGGGCGAGCCCAGCAUCUUUCGGGCGGCCAUCACCUUCACCACGGAGUCUCUGACCGCGCCGGCCCCGCAAGUCUUCCUCCAGGCCACUCGUGAAGAGAGUCGCAUCCUGCUCCAGGACCUGUCCUCUUCUGCACACCACCUGGCCAAUGCCACUCUGGAAACCGAGUGGUUCCACGGCCUCCGGCGCAAGUGGAGGCCCCAUUUACACCGCCGCGGUUCCAAUCAGGGGCCCCGGGGCCUGGGCCAUAGCUGGCGGCGCAGGGACGGACUUGGCGGGGACAAGAGCCAUGUCAAGUGGUCUCCGCCUUAUCUGGAGUGUGAGAACGGGAGUUACAAGCCAGGAUGGCUGGUUACUCUUUCGGCUGCCUUCUAUGGGUUGCAGCCUAACCUGGUCCCAGAAUUCAGGGGUGUCAUGAAAGUUGAUAUAAAUCUUCAGAAAGUGGACAUUGACCAGUGUUCAAGUGAUGGCUGGUUUUCAGGAACUCACAAAUGCCACCUGAACAAUUCAGAGUGUAUGCCAAUUAAAGGCCUAGGAUUUGUACUUGGAGCCUAUCAGUGCAUUUGCAAAGCAGGAUUCUAUCAUCCUCGAGUCUUCUCAGUGAACAACUUUCAGAGAAGGGGUCCAGAUCAUCAUUUUUCAGGAAGUACAAAAGAUGUAUCAGAAGAAGCCCAUGUCUGCUUACCCUGCAGAGAGGGCUGCCCCUACUGUGCUGAUGACAGCCCAUGCUUUGUCCAGGAGGAUAAGUAUUUGAGACUUGCUAUCAUCUCCUUCCAAGCCCUGUGUAUGCUGCUUGACUUCAUCAGCAUGAUGGUGGUCUACCACUUUCGCAAAGCAAAGAGCAUCAGAGCAUCGGGCCUUAUCCUGUUGGAAACAAUCCUUUUUGGGUCUCUGCUUCUAUACUUUCCAGUUGUUAUUUUGUACUUUGAGCCAAGUACAUUUCGCUGUAUUCUCCUAAGAUGGGUCCGUCUUCUUGGUUUUGCCACUGUUUAUGGAACAGUCACUCUCAAGCUUCACAGGGUUUUGAAGGUGUUUCUUUCACGAACAGCACAACGAAUUCCAUACAUGACUGGUGGCCGGGUCAUGAAGAUGCUGGCAGUAAUACUCUUGGUAGUAUUCUGGUUUCUCAUUGGCUGGACUUCAUCAGUAUGCCAGAAUUUGGAGAGGCAGAUUUCACUUAUUGGCCAGGGGCAAACAUCUGAUCACCUCAUCUUCAAUAUGUGCCUCAUUGACCGCUGGGAUUACAUGACAGCAGUUGCUGAAUUUUUAUUCCUCUUGUGGGGUGUUUAUCUCUGCUACGCAGUGCGGACAGUCCCAUCAGCAUUUCAUGAGCCACGCUAUAUGGCUGUUGCAGUUCACAAUGAGCUCAUUAUCUCUGCUAUAUUCCAUACAAUUAGAUUUGUUCUUGCCUCAAGACUUCAGUCUGAUUGGAUGUUGAUGCUAUAUUUUGCACAUACUCAUUUGACUGUGACAGUCACCAUCGGGUUGCUUUUGAUUCCAAAGUUUUCACUUUCAAGCAAUAAUCCACGUGACGAUAUUGCUACAGAAGCAUAUGAAGAUGAGCUAGACAUGGGCCGAUCUGGAUCCUACCUGAACAGCAGUAUCAAUUCAGCUUGGAGUGAGCACAGCUUGGAUCCAGAGGACAUUCGGGAUGAGCUAAAGAAACUGUAUGCCCAGUUAGAAAUAUAUAAAAGGAAGAAGAUGAUUACAAAUAAUCCCCACCUCCAGAAAAAGCGGUGCUCGAAGAAGGGCUUAGGCCGUUCUAUCAUGAGGCGCAUCACUGAGAUUCCAGAGACUGUCAGCAGACAGUGUUCCAAAGAGGACAAGGACAUGGCAGACCACAGCAUGGCCAAAAGUACAGCCCUCGUCAGGAAGAACCCACCAGAGCCUUCAGGUAAUACAGGGAGACCCAAGGAGGAGUCCCUGAAAAACAGAGUCUUCUCACUCAAGAAAUCCCACAGCACUUAUGACCAUGUCAGAGACCAACCAGAAGAGUCCAAUAGCCUACCAACAGAAAACCAAGAAGAGGAGGCUACAGAAAAUUCCACACUGGAAUCUCUUGCAAGUAAAAAGCUAACACAAAAACUGAAAGAAGACAGUGAGGCCGAGUCUACAGAAUCAGUGCCUUUGGUGUGUAAGUCAGCAAGUGCUCACAACCUCAGCUCAGAGAAGAAGCCUGGGCACCCACGAACAUCUAUGUUACAAAAGUCUCUUAGUGUCAUAGCAAGUGCCAAGGAGAAGACUCUUGGAUUAGCUGGGAAAACCCAAACAUCAGGUGUAGAAGAACGUGCUAAAUCUCAGAAACCUCUGCCAAAAGAUAAAGAGACAAAUAGGAAGUGCUCAAAUUCAGAUAACACAGAGACUAAAGAUCCUGUCCCCCAAAACUCCAAUAAUUUGGAGGAACCAAGAAAGCCUCAGAAAUCUGGAAUUAUGAAACAACAAAGGGUAAAUCCCACUUCUGCCAGUUCUGACCUGAGCCCAGGCACCACCCAGAUGAAGGGCAACUUUGACAUUGGGGAAGUGUGCCCAUGGGAGAUUUAUGACCUGACCUCUGGUCCUGUGCCUUCAGAAACAAAAGCUCAAAAACACGUGUCUAUCGCAGCUUCUGAAAUGGAAAAAAAUCCAACAUUUUCCUUGAAGGAGAAAGUCCACCACAGGCCUAAGGCAGCUGAAGGAUGUCAGCAGUCCAGUCAGAAGAGCAUAGAUAAGGCUGAGGUGUGCCCUUGGGAGAGCCAGGAUCAGUCUUUUUUUGAAGAUGAAAAACAUUUGAUUUCCAAGACUAUAGUUCUCCCAGGGAGAGCCAAAGAUGAGAAUGGAGGUCAGCACCAUGCAGCCACUGUGCGUGCUGGGCAAUACGAGGAACUGCCCCCCAAAGUCAUGGCAUCAAAAAUAGAGAAUGAAAAUCCCAACCAAAUGCGAGACCAGGAAAAGACAUCUUUCUCUGUGGAAAAUGCACCUGGUUCCUGUAACUCAAGUAAAAACUCCCAACAACCGUUAACAUCACGAGCUGAGGUGUGUCCUUGGGAGUUUGAGACCCCUGGUCAACUAAAUGCUGAAAGAAGUGUAAUUUUACCAGCCUCUUCUGUUUUGAGUGCAAAUAAGAUAGCAGGGCCUCGAAAAUAAUGAGGUAGAAUCCCCAGGAAGAAAAGAAAGAAGAAAAUCCCAAUGUGAUACAAGACAGAAGAUCUAAGAAUCAAAAAUUCCCACAGAGUAUUUUGUAAGUCAAGGGAAAUAUGACAUAUAGUGAGGGGAGGUGAAAGGGCUGAAGAUGACUAGGACAGGUCCAGCAUGUCACAAUGCAGAAGUCAGCCUUCAGCAGAGGAGAGUCCUCCCCUGGUAAACUAAGAAAAUCUUUUCAUUUCAGCACGUUUAAGGGAAUGCCCUCAACAUCUGCCCCAAUCCAUCUUUCCUCAUGGGACUUUGAAGAUCCUAAGCAAGAUGAGCAAGGAGACAGAAGAUGUAUGAUUUUGGCAAAGAGGAAAAUGUUUUAGAUAGAUAUAUAUGACAAAUUCUAGGUAGCUGACUGAAAAGACCUUACUUUACCUAUUUAACCUUGAUAGCACUGCUAACUUAAUGCAUCCCAAAAAUACCUUUUAUAUUAAUGAUUGCUCUCAUUUUAUUAUAAAUGUUUCAGUACAUUGUUGUGUCUCAUAUUCAAGCAUUCCAGAUUGUAUAAUUUUUGCAAAUAACUUUGAUAUUAUGUGACACAACACAUUUAUGCAAUCUGCAGCUACUCAAUUGUUAUUGCAACUUACAGAAUACUUGCUAUCAACUUUAGUUGAUUCUUGAAGUACAGUAAGCUUUCUCUGGCUUAAGAAGCCAUAACAGUUAUGAUAAAAACCUUUAGUUUGGGCUGUGGUUUAUAUAUUGUGAAUUUGGAUUUGACUCUUAUUAUUUCACAUCAUGGUUUGUUAUACAGUCUUAAUCAGGGUUUUUUAUACAAGUUGAGUUACUUAUUUUGCACUUGUUAGGACUCAGAAGGUUUAUUAUUAUUGGAGAUCAAGUGGUCCUACUUAGUCAUGUCUCAAUAAGUUAAGGACAACUUAUCCAUUGUUUGUUCAAAGUCAGAGUCAUUCCAAUUACUUGUCCCUUUUACUCUUUCAGUAUUUCAUACUUAGCAACAUUUCCUAAGGAAGAAGCUAAGAGUGAGAAAAUAUACUGUGCAUUAUUAUUACCAAUGGAAAGGGAAGACUCUAGGAAUGAUGAGAAUUAUAGCAUUAAUACACAUAGAUCCAGGAAAUUUGCCUUCAAAGUGAAGACAGAACGAUAGCUCCUAAUAGCACUUUCAAUGGAUUAUUUUUUUAAAGAGAAAAAUUAAUGAUAGCAUCAAUAUCAUUAUAUGGAUAUAUUUUAUUAUGCAUACUGAAAAUAUAUUUUAAAUUACCUUAAACUAUUUAUUCUCAUAAAAUUUUAUUCAUUGCUUCAACUAGGGAUAGAACUUGCUGGGCUCAAAUCCCAAAGAGGUUUUAUAACCUGAUUUAUUCAAAGAUCAUAAGGUGGUAUGGAUUCUUCAUUCUAGAAACCUUCAAGUCCUGCAAAUUGCCCUUGCAAGCCACCUUACUCAAAAUGAAAAGCCUAAUAUUAUUUGCAAGGCAAAACAGCCUGCAAAGUAUAUCUUACAAAAUUUACUGCACUCCACACUGAUCUCUUCGCAUGAAAAUCCUAAGCUGCUGACUUCACCCUACUGAUGUGAUCAUGCAGUGAGAUUCCAAAGCUCAGUCUCGUUUUAUUUAAAGGUGAAUCACUUAAAAAUAGAGCCCAGACUUUGCUUUCUCUCACUCUAAACACUGAAGUAUCAAUUGCUUAUUUGGCCAGGAUAUUUCCAACCUAAAUAACUGCUUUCCAUUUCAUAAGCAGCAAAGGAAACAUGCUAGGAGGAUAAAAGAUGGGAAAAAGGAGUCAGAAGGUUGAUUUAAGGCUUUUCUUAGAGAAUUUUAUUCGUAACAGAAGGUAAAAACAGAAUUCUCUGUGUCCACCAUCAACAUUUUCUCAGUGAUUUCAUUCAAGAGUAUGCGAGCAUGUGGCCCUUUUACAAAGCUGUGCGUGAAUCUCCCUCACCCAUUUGCUUACUUUGUGCAAUACUCAGGUUGGUGGGGUAGGUACGAAGAGCUAUAGAAAUUCUAUUUUAAAGUGUUGCCUUCAUUUCUUUCUUUCAUCCCUUCCUUUUUAGUCACCCAAUCUUCCUACCUUCUUGAAGUUCCUAGAAUACUACUUUAAGGUAUAUUUGUGAACUUGGUUUCAAGUUUCUAGACCAACAUACUUGUUUCACUUAUGUCUGAGAUUUCUUAGCAUUUGAUUCACUUUUGAGAAUUAAGCAGUGACUUUUAUUGCACUUCAGGAUGAUCCUGCUAGACACGUGGCUUAAAGAAAACUUGCCAAAUUAUACCUUAGUGACAUUCUACAGACCAUAGAUUAUUCUCUACCAGCAUAGAAUGGUGAAAAUGCCUAGGGUCUUUCCUAGAGUUUCAUUGCCAUUAUUAAUCACCAAGAGAAGUUGAAAUUUACAAUUCUGGAGGAUAUUUUCCCAGGUUCAUUACAAUAAGAAAGUGAAUAAACACUUACUAGAGUCUCACAAACAUUUGUUAGGUUGUCCUUCUCAAUGCAUGUGCAGGCUGCAUCCUGUCCUUGUUUUUAUGCCAGGGUUUAUAAAUAAGUAGAUUUAUAUCAAUCUUAAUAGAACUGUAUAUUUUAUGCAAGAAUUAAAUGCUUUACGACAUGAAUUAUAACUUAACCCAUUGUAAACUUUGGUGGCAAUAUGGAUAUGACACUCGACAGUUCUCUUGUAUUUGCUUCCUAGGUUUCUGCAUGCAAGUGAUGACAGGUAGGACUGAAAAAACACUGCCUUUGACUUCUAGCAUUUAGCAACUGAGAGUUGUAGAGUCAACAAAGCUGUUAAGUCUCUUCACUUAAUCUGUGGUUCUUCUGAAACUAUUAUCUGAAACCUACAGCAUCCCACCAUGAGAUAUUUGGUAAAUUUAUGUCGUGAUGUGUUGCAGCAUGUAAAUAAUUAUAACUUCUCUGCAAUAAAACAUAUUUAUAUGAAAGUGA